AUUCACAGAUAGUUCUUCACAAUUGCUGAUUGGGUUUGACACAACAUUCCAUAGAUGCACGAGUUUGAGAAACUUCAUGUUUUCAGAAACAGUUUCAGGGGGUAGUUGAGUGAUCGCUGAACAUCAGCAUGGAGUGGCUGCACUUUGUGACGGUUUUGAUAAUUUUUGGUGUAGUUUGGUGUGAGGAUAUGAAAAAUGAUGAUUCAGUGGAAGAUGAUAUUCGAGAAACCAGGCAGUAUAAUCAAGAGGGUUGGCGAGUAGCCGAGAAGUUUCACAAAGGAAGUGCUGGUUGGAUACCUCGAGAAGAACCUCCAGAGUCAUUAGACCUAAAACUGAAGAGACGACGCAUCAGAAAACGAAAGAGGAAACCACAGCAGACGGAAGAAUCCAGCGACGAUGGAGAAAGGUACAUCAAGAGAUUCCACCCCCACAGACUAGACCAGGGACGACAACCCUGGGAAGAAAUUAAUGAAGAAGCCAUGAGAAGUCCAACCAUAAGAAGAAGAAUAACUCCUGUCUACUAUAGUCCUCAAAAUAUCAAUAAACACACUGUUAAUUCCAUUUCAACCACCACUGAUUCGUCAACUAAAAAUAGGACGGAACCAAUGUCUUCAACAUCGUCCAUAAUGGUUGAAGAUCAAGAAAUUCAAAGGAUGACUGAACCCAAAAUUGAUCAUUUAGCAGGAUUGAAGAGCCUAUUGAAAAAGUCAAGGGGCAAUAUAAGUCUCAGUGAAAUUCUACAACAGAAAAAUCUAUCACUCUCCGAACUACUGAAAGGUGGUGAACAUGCAAUAUCGGCCCUAACCGAGAAACCAGUGACCACAACCCUUCCAACCAAAUCAGUAUAUUCCACCGAAACAGAACCAAGUACAAAGUACAAGAGGUUGCCACCUUCAAUUGCUUUGACGAAAACGACAGAUAGAAAUUACGUUCUGGAAGAUCAAUCCUUCGAAACACUGACAGAUCAAGAAACCGUUGAAGCUCAGAGAAAGCGGCUCGCUUUAUUACAACCCAAAGAGAAUAAACUGUUUUCAUCUCUAAAUGAAAUGGAGGUUGUGACUGAACCCACAACUGAAAGAAGAAUAUUCGUUACUUCUUACCCAAAAUCCGAUCAACUCAAAAUUUCACUUUCAUCUAAAUCUACUGCAAAAUCUACUCCUAGUACCGCUACUACCCCUAAAAUUGAUAUAACUAUCGCUACAGAAAGUCCCAAAACCGAGCCCAUCGAAAUGCAAGUCAUUAAUAGAGAGAAAACACAUUUACCCACAACGAAUGCAAAGCUGAGGUCGACAACGAAGAAAAUCAAUGUGAAUAAGGAAAUUAUCAAUCCUUUCGCUUUUGGGUUCCCUGAACCUAUGAAAAUAAGUAUAAACGAAAUCUUAGGCUUUGGAGAUGAUAAAAUUAAGGAGGAUAACAAUGAUGCACCUAUGAGAGUUUCCAUAGAUAUAGAAGAGCUCAUAGAGAAAAACAAAGAAACGUCCUUUACCGAAGCGCCAACUACAAAAGUUGUGACAGAAAACCAGACCUAUGUGACAGCGAGAAGAGAGAUCAUGGAAAUAAUGAAGGAUCCAGUCAGCAGAGAUAACCUAUCACGUAUACUAGAGAACAGAAAUAUGACCUUGAACGAGUUAGUGGAGCAACGUGAACGAGGUUACAGUCAACGCCAUUUGGCAGAUAUAUUCCACAAUAGUACUAGGGAACCCGAGCCUAAAGAAGAACCAUUUAUUGGUCAUAUCUUAGCUGAUUCAUUUCCAAGUUUCCCCUCGCUUACUAGGCAACCAAAAAGUCGUACUUUUGAAGAAGACAUACCUAGCAAAAUCCUUACCACUGCUAAAACUACAGAAGCACCAGAACUGAUUACUAGCAGACCUGAAACUGCCUCCACUACGUUUGGAAACGAGAUUAAGACUGAUUUGAGUGCUCAAGAUAUACAGCCUUUUCCUUGGAAACAACUAUAUCCAGACCUCUUUGCCGAUUCUGUAGAAACAGAUUCCAAAUUCACAGAAAAUGACUCGGAAGAGGAAACACGAAGUUCAGAAAGAUUAGACGGCAGCUUGUCCAAUGAACAAUUGAAACCAGACGAAUAUGAUCUCUUCUUUCAGAUACCACCAGGUGUGAAGUCUGCUUUAUUUGUUAGUUUAGCCAUAAUAGGAUUGUCACUAGUUGUCUUCUUGACGAUACUGGUAGUAUUUAGGUGGCUGCAGAAAAAGAACAGAGCAAUUAACUAUUGCAGUAGCUUAUCUUCUAAAAUUCGAUCUCCUAUUAUAAUUCAGGGACGUCCUUCGAACGCCAUCAGAACAUUCGUGAACGAAACGGUCAGGAGAAAAAAGAACUAUUUCAAGUCAAACAUGCAAAGUAUGUCUGACGAAAUUUGGGAAAGUAGCCGUGACAGAAAACCAUCUUUUUGAUUUGGUUAAAUUUGAGACUGUAUACUAUACGUUGUAAAUUAUUUAUUGUUUUUAUUUCAGUAUGUGAUCAUUUCAGUGCAAUAAUCACUAAAUGUUCAGUAAGAUAAGUGUUCAUCCUAUAAGAUUAUUUCUUGGUGCCAGGACUAUUUCACUGGAGGUAAUCACCUUAAUGCGUUUUAAUUUUCUAAGAAUGAAGUAAUUUAUUUUAAUAAUAAGUCAUGUAAAACUAUUGAUCAAUUGUAUGAAAAGAAUCUGUAUGAAUGUGAAAGUAUUGAGAAUAAAUAUCUUUUGUUGUUAA